AUGCAAGUACAAAAUGUCGGCCGCACAAAAACGGCAACGCCGAAAAGUCUCGACGACAUCAACUCUGUCCCAGAGAUACGGGAACAGCUUUUCGCCACGUUCAUGGGUGCUUACUUCCCUGCUUGCAUGGAUGGAGACACCCAUGUGGACUCUUGGCGAUACCUCAUCUCAAGCUUCGAAGUAUUACCGCACAAGACCACGAUGCUUCAGCGCGCACUCUCGGCGAUUUGCUGUGUGUACAUCGGUCGGAUUAAUAGUGAUGAUCGUCUAUCUCAUCACGGCAUUCAACUUUAUAAUUCUUCGAUGCGGUCUAUGUCAAAGAUGCUUUGCACGAAAACUCACAGUGAAGAAUCCCUUUACGCUACUGUCAUCUUCCAAAUGAUUGAGAAAUGCAUAGCGGUGAAAAAGACGACCGGCCCAAGCGGUCAUGAUGUUCACGGCUGUGGGAAUGGCUUCGAUCCCUGGGUAUUCCAUAUGCAGGCAAUGAGGAGUCUACUUCUAGAAAAUCAAGACAAACUAAGCGUCAACCCGCUAAUGAACGCUGUUUCCAGCAGCUAUGCAAAACUAGCAAUAAUAUAUGGCAUUUUGGCAGUCAGAGGGCCCGGGGAUGACAAUACUCACCUGAUAAACCCAUGCCCUCGGACACCUUUAGACGACCUAUUCGACAUGUUUCUCACAGGUCGAUCUCUCCUUGACACGAUCGAAAUCAUGAACACAUUACCCCUCGAUGACCCAAAAGUUAGCUCAAAAGCCUGUUUUGCGUUACUCCAAACCAUAGUGGAAUACCGUGACCGAAUGACAUCUUGGUAUGCCGAAAAAGAAGCUCUCAUUGGGGGCCCUCCGGUAGUCUGCGAAGCGAAAAACACAAAGUUAUUCAAUCAAACACUGCUCGAGGAAAACCCCUUUGGCUCAUUCUACCGGUUUACUUCAUUGGACAAUGCCAGAAUUCACAUCCUUUAUUGGACAGCCAUGAACUUCGCCCACACGCUUGUCUACAGAGCGCAGAUUAUGGUUGUAUCUGCCAAUCGCGCAAUUUUCCCUGCUGAUCAUUUCCCCACCGACCCGUCAAGCUAUGAGUCGUUCGUUAUGGCGAGUUAUUAUACCGACCAGGUUUGUCGGGCCAUUCCCUACUGCAUGCAGCCGAUGCAUCGGAUAUGGGGCACGCACAUUGUUUUUGGAACACUUGGCAAUGUCUUCAGAACCUAUAUCCAACGACUGAGCCGGGAGAAAUUUCUCUGGUGUCAGCGUGUUCUGGAGGUUGCUGGGGCGCUUGGUUUAGGGAUGGCUUUCUAUUUUACUGGUGUCGCGAACAGGGAAUGGGCUGCUAUGGAGGAUGCAGCAGAGUCAAUGGUUCGAACCCCAACAUAUGCGUCAAGUCCAGAUGAGAAUUACUCUCUGGAUGAUCUGAUUGAUUCGAGUUCCCCGCUUUCUAGCGAUUAUUUCUCGAAACCUGCCAGUGUGGAUUUCCAAGUCGAUUUUAGAGAGCUGCCCGAGCUACCAUUUGAGGAGGUCUGUUUAGAGCUUUGA